AUGUCAUCCUCAAGUCCUGAUCCCGCCCGCAGCGGUGUUCGGCUGGACCGAGCUAUCUUCAAUCCCGGUGCCGUCAAGAUCAACGUUAAAGGGGCCUUCAUCGUCGAUGAGGAUCCUCGGUCCAAGAGCCCCGUCAGGACCGAUGGCGUUCACUACGAAGGUCACGAUAUUCGUCUGCCUCAACACAACGGUCUAGUGAGCCAUGUCGCUGUCGAUAUUGGCGGAUCGCUGGCGAAACUGGUUUACUUUACUCGGGAGCUGGACUCUCCGGACAAUGGCGGCCGAUUGAACUUUAUCAACUUCGAGACCCACCGCAUAGACCUGUGCAUUGAUUUCAUCAAAGAGCUGAAGGAGGAACAUGAGAAGGCCAAUGGCCCGUCUCCGGAUCAACUUUGCGUGGUCGCCACCGGAGGAGGUGCCUAUAAAUACUACGACAAACUGAAGGAGGCGUUGCAAGUGAACAUUAUCCGCGAAGACGAGAUGGAAUGCUUGAUCACCGGUCUCGACUUCUUCAUUACCGAAAUCCCCAACGAAAUCUUUACCUACAGCGAAAUCGACCCGAUGCAGUUUGCCGAGGCCCGACCGGACGUCUACCCGUAUUUAUUAGUCAACAUCGGCUCCGGUGUCUCCAUGAUCAAGGUGUCCGGCCCCAAACAAUACCAGCGCGUGGGAGGAACCCACCUGGGUGGUGGAACGUUCUGGGGAAUCAUGUCCCUGUUGACCGGGGCUCGGACCUUUGACGAAAUGUUGGCGAUGGCCGAUCAAGGCGACAAUAGCGGCGUUGAUAUGCUGGUCGGGGACAUCUACGGAAUGGACUAUAAUAAAAUUGGAUUGAAGAGUACGGCAAUUGCCAGCACGUUUGGAAAGGUGUUUCGCUUGAAGAGUGCUGCCGAACAGGAAUCGGGUUCCGAAGGCGACGAGGCGCAGGAGGAAAGCGACCAGACGAAUGGGGAUGUCAAAUUCAAGAAUGAGGACAUGAGCCGCAGUCUGCUUUAUGCGAUCAGUAACAACAUUGGACAAAUUGCCUACCUCCAAUCGGAGAAGCAGCAAGUCAAGCACAUCUAUUUCGGCGGCUCCUUUAUCCGCGGUCACCGACAGACCAUGAACACGCUGUCUUACGCCAUCCGAUUCUGGUCCAAGGGCGAGAAGCAAGCCUAUUUCCUGCGCCACGAAGGAUACAUCGGUGCCGUCGGCGCCUUUCUACGCAGAAAGCCCGUUAACUGGGGCCGUCGCAAUAGCAUCGACGGCGCCUCUUCCUGA